AUAAUCUGCGGGCGGCAAGUGAUGUGCAGCUACCUGACGCAGGACAUCGAACUGCGGGUGGUGCAGCACUACGUGGGAGCGGACGGUCAGACGGUGGUCAGAGAGCACUGUGACUGCCUGCAGGCGGGAGCCAAACUGCCCUCCUAUGUGCUGGAAGAUGCAGAGAUGACUGAGCUGUGCAUGAGAGCCCGUGGAGACGAGGACUGGUCCCAGGAUGUUCAGCUGGAGCAGAGGGAAAAGGGCAGGAGCAGCAGCUCUGUUGUUCAGGUGGCCUGCUCCAGCGGAUCUUUGCUUUAUGUCUGGUGCACUCUGAUUACUGUGGAGCCCAACUCACACAUGCAGCAGCGGCUGGUGAUUUUCAGUCCCCUGUUUGUCAUGAGGAGCCACUUGCCAGAACCUCUAGUUGUCCAGAUAGAGAAAAGGAGUCUAGGGCUGAAAGAGAGUCAGCUGAUACAAGGACAAGGGCAUGAGGAACCCCUCUUAAACACAGAGGCAGAGCUCACCCACCACCUCAUUUUCCAAGCCAGGUAA